UAAAAAUAUGCGAAGCUUGUCCCCUUUCUGUUUCAGAUUCUUGGAGCAUGAAACCCAUGUGCAUUUAUAUCUAUUUCAGUUUCCAGCGACGAUGAGACAUUGGCUGUGCAACAUAUUCUUUUUGUUUCCUUCCAUUCAAUCUCUCUCUAUAUAUAGAUGUUGCUGAAGGGAUGGUCUUAAACAUCUUUCCUCGAGACUCAAAUUCUACACAAGUCUUAGAAACCAGUCAUUUCACCAAAGAAAGAUGGCUUUCCAUGUCAGAUCAAACAGUUUGCCAUCUAAAUCUCAUCCAGAAAUUGCUAAUGUUGAAGACCAUAUCUGCAGACUGAAGUCCUCAGAAGAAGCAUCCGUUUCAGCUUCUUCUAUAUGCGCACAAUUGGCCAGCCUCAGAGAUUUUCAUGAAGAUAUUAAUAAUUUAAUUCAGCUUCCAUCUGUCCAGCAAGCCCUCAUCGACCAGCUCAGUGAGUUGCUCGAUGGAUCUCUUGAACUUGUCGACAUAUGUGGAAUUGCUCGAGAUGUUAUAUUGUUGACAAAGGAAUCUGUUGAAGAACUCGAAUCAUCUUUGAGAAGAAAUAGAGGCAUUGAUACAUAUAUGAAUUCGAGAAAAAAGAUAGAGAAAAAUGUUAAAAAGUGCGUAAAAACUCUGAAAAGUUUUGACAAAUGUUCUACAUUGUUCUUAAAGAAAGACAGCAAUCUUAAGGCCGUUGAAAGCAUAUUAAAAGCACAGAGAAUUGGCUUCUAUGUCCUCAAGUCUACAUUAACAGUUUUUGCAUCAAAGCAAAAAGCUUGGUCAUUGGUUUCCAAGUUCAGUCGAUCAAGCCAAGUAAAUUCACAAACAGAAGAAGAAUUGUAUGCCUUGAACAUCAACAAGUUGCGAAAAGACAUAGACACCUUUUCCGUCCAAACUAUCACGAAGCAGUUAAAAGAAUCAGAAAUGAUCUUCCAAGAACUUGAAGAAAACUUGGAAGCCUUCUUUAGGAGGUUAGUUAAAACUAGAGUUUCUCUUCUUAGUGUCUUCAACCAUUAGACUUUUGUGAUCACUCUCAUAUA